AUGCAGAGAUGUCGCCAGCAAGCACUGCCACAUGCCAUUAAGGUUAUGGCCUUGUAUGAGGAAGAACAGAAAGAGUGCGAGGCUCUUGUCCAGUGCCACAACGGCGAUGAGUCCUACUUAAUCACAUGGACGGAGGAUGGCUACGAGCACAUUCAGGAUGCUAGCAACAUGAGGCUUCUCAAGCGCAGGGACGAGCCUUUUCGCUUCUCAGCCGGCGACAAAGUUGAAGGCUUGUUCCAUGACGAAGACAGGUGGUAUGCCGCUCGCAUUAAGUGUGUCAAUGAUUCUGGCUCCUACACUGUCAUUUGGGACGAAGAUGGUGAGGAAUACGAGCUUGCGGAGAAGGACAUAAAGCCAUCAAUGCUGCCCACUCCGCUGUCAGACUUGAGGCCUCGCCAGAAGCUCACAGGCACAGUGACAAGGACAUUUGGUUUCGGAACGUUUGUUGACAUCGGCGCUGAGCGAGACGGUUUGCUGAAGCCUUGGUUCACCUUCAAGGGUGAAGAGCCAAGUUUCAAGCGGGGAGACAAGGUCAAGGCACUCUAUGAUGAGGAUGAGGAGUACUACGCAGCGACAGUCCAGAAGGACAACGGCGAUGGUACUUUCGACAUAGUAUGGGAGGAGGACGAUUGCGAGUACACGGCCGACAAGUCGAAGAUGGAGCUAAUUCGCCUCGCAGAGCUGGAGUAUGGCAGCAAGAAGCAUCAAGUCCACAUGUCGUCACGACCCAGUAGGUGGCAGUGGCAACCAGUCUCGGAGAACCGAUGGCAGUGGAUGCCUCCAGAGACGAGUUUGCAGCUCUCCGUAUCCCUUGGAAAAGACGACAUCGCCGUUGUCCACUGGCCAGCACUCGGCAGUGUCGAAGUCGACAGGAGUGCUGGGGUAGUUCGAUUGCAAGGUCAAACGCUCGGCAAAGUCCGGCGAGUCCCAAACUGGUGGGGAGAAGAUGCGAACCUGGCCUCUGGGGUGCUGGUGGCUGCAGAGACGGCUAAAGGUGUGGAGUUCCUCCUUGCCGUGGAGAGCAGGCCUUGGUGGCCCACCCGGCAAGUAGGCCCACUGUGGGGAUUCGUCGAAGCAGAGGACCCAAACCUCACCUUUGCCAUGGCUCGGGAGGCAGCCGAAGAGGGCCUCGAGAUUUUGGGAAGCCAAGAUCAGCUCUUAGCCAGCUUGGAGUCUUCAGAGACCUCCUGUCCCGUGUCCUUCUGGCCCUGGCAAUCCGACACAGCACGGCGGCCACGGCCUGCAGUUCUGCGAAUGGUGAGCUUGGGUCACCUGUCUCCGAUGCAGAAAGGUGCAGUUGUUGGCAGCUUUAGGAAGCGACGCCGCCACGCCUUAGCUUGGGCGGCUUCCUUGGCCGUCCUGGCACAACCUGCAUCACACUUGGAAGUGGAGGAGCUCAUCUGGGUGAACUCGCGGUCCUUGCUACAAGAGGUGCAGGCUGGCCAGGUCCCAUGGCUUGGCGGGAGCGCCGGUGGUCCCCUGCGCGGAUUUGUGGGCGAUCUCCUUCGGGAGGGCCAACGUUGGAAGCGAAGUGCGCGCUUUCGAGACUUCUGCAGAGGAAAUUCUGAGGCGUUGCCUCCAAUGCCACACUCGCGCGCACUGGUUUCAAGGCUUGUCACAGAAGCUGGCACUGCUUUCUGCCAAAAGCUAGGCCUCUUUCAGCCAGCAGAAGCAGGCCAGCAUCAAGACAUCGAGUGCGUGGCCAACCUCCACUGCGCAGAAGCGGUCACGGUGUACGUUGAGUCUGUGAAAACAGACAAGGAUGGCCAGCAGAAGCUGUGGCUAGCCUUGGUGAAGGAGAAAAUCGGUGGCCAGGGCCCAAAACCGAUGGUCGACCUGUCGGGCUUCACGGACCUCUCCGCGGAUCUCUGGCUGAGGGGGACCGUCACGAAGAUUUUGAAUUUUGGGGCCUUCGUUAGAGUCGAGCCUCCGACUGGGGGGGAACCAGCACAAGGUCUGGUCCAUGUGAACGACGUCCGGGACGGUUUCAUCAAAAAUCUCGAGGAAGAGCUUGCCGUGGAUGAAGAAGUGCAGGUUCGCGUGAAGUAUCUUGAUGCACGCGAAGGGGUGCUGCAGCUCUCCAUGAUUGGCAGCUGGCACUUGCUGCAUCCAAGGUUCCUCAAAGCAACGUCUGUCACUUCCGGCUCAGAGCUUCACUGCUCACACGACAGGAAACACUCCCACAUCGAUCUGGCCGUUUGCCAGUUACCAGCAUCCACACAACUCCACUACUUGAGUAGCACUGAGCACUGGUUGUCUGGACAGCAGAUCAGAAAGCCACCACGAAAGCACCAUGGCUUUGCCGAGAUGUGGACUCUUUGGAAAUGUCGCCGCAGCUGGAGGAAGGCUCAUAGAGGUGCAGCCAAAGCUGCUCAUGCUGGACCUUCGAGCUGCCAGCGAUCGGCAUUGAUUUCGUUGGUUCUUGCGAACCUAGCUGUGUGCUUUGUCAGCUUCCGCUACCUGAAGCAACUUCGGGAAGCUGAAGAAGCUUCGUACCAGGAAGCAGAACUGGACCUCUCCAAGCUUUAUGAAGUGCCCCCAGGAUAUGAGAAAGCAAAAGCAGAGCCACCAUUUGGUGACCUUUCGGACUUUGCAUCAAAAGCGCCUGGGAAAAGUCUCAGAAAGGCUGAACCCAUUCCCGUCACAAGGACAGAGGCAGAGACUACGACUGUGCCAUCUAAACCUGAACCGCCACAACCUGCAGCUAUGCCAAAACCUCCACCGACAUCUCCACAGAAACCACCCCCGCAGAAACAGGCGACAGAGCCACCGACUCUGCCGCCACACGAACACCCACUGAUAAUGACAUCCACAUGUCCCAUCUGUGGCGCAAGGAAGGAAAGCCCCCUGCUCACCACCAACCUUGACCUUGACGUUCGCUGCACCUGGAAAGAAGUUUCCAAGUCAUUCCUGUCUGAGACUGCUGACGACGGACAACCAAAAGCGUUGUCUGAUGCCAAAGAGAUUUGCAUCAAUAUCGGUACAUCCUGUGGCGGAAUCACCUGCGACAAGCCUGGCACCCACCUCGAAGAGGCAAAGCAGUGCACAGCGAGGUCGUCAUCACAGCCAAAGUCGUCUCCCAGCGACGAGGUGACGUUUUUGAAGAACUGCACGUAUGGUUCAACUUGCGACGAGGCGCGACCUACAAGGUUCCCGGCCAAUCCUUUCAGCAAAGACCUGAAGGGUGCGGCCAUCGUCAUCCUCGCGCACAACCGGGAAGGAGAUUUCAGGAGAUGUCUUGAAUCACUAUUUGCGAUACCAGAGGUGGCCUUGUUCACUGUGUAUAUUUCCCUGGAUGAUCCAGCAGCCUGGACAUCCAUGACUGCUGCUGCCAAGCAGGUCGCAGCUGGCAAAGGUAUCAACAUCGAGGUGUGGCAGACCGGGCCUCGGAGAUUUGAUGCUACAACGGUUCUCAACGAGGAGACAGAGAAGUGGAUGAAGACGAACACUGGAAAGAUUGCCCACCACUACUGGGCUGUGUUUGAGAAGUCCUUCAUGGAGAAAGCGCACGAGCACGUGAUCUUCGUUGAAGAAGACUUGCUUUUCUCCCCGGACUUCUUCGCGCUGUUCCGCAGCACAGCUGGCCUCUUGGAUGAGGACCCAAGUCUCUGGUGCAUCGGCGCUUGGAACGAUUUCGGCUUCAAGGGCACUGCACUCGAUGCCUGCAGCCUGCAGCGCACCUCCUAUUUUCCAGGCUUGGGCUUCAUGUUGCUGCGGCGAGCAUGGCUGGAAGUCCGAAAGGCCUGGCCCAUCGCACCGACCAUGGGUUGGGACUACUGGAUGCGGGUCGCAUUCCGAGCAGCCGGCAAAGAAUGCAUAGUCCCACAGGUGUCAAGAAGUCACCACGCAGCAGCGAAAGGCUCUUCUGUCUCGACAGCCAAGCAAAUUCGCUUGUUUGAGGCCAUGGCCUUUUCCGACGUGCCUUCGACGUGCGAU